AUUUGCUCGCUAUAAAUACCAGAUUGAAUGAAAUGUUUGCCGAGGCAAGUAAAGACUUCGAAUUUCAUCGUUUACUGACUGAACCCACGAAUCGUUUACUGACUGAACCGAUGAAACCAUGAUUGCAUAUAAAGGAAGAGUUUCAUUCAGAAGAUAUAUGCCAAACAAACCGGUUAAAUGGGGCAUCAUUGCUAGAUCGAUUGCUGAUUCAACAACUGGAUACAUUUUCAAUGUAAAAAUAGAUUAUGGUAAUCCAAACUUGGAACAACUUCCACCCGGCGUCACAAAAACUUCGAAUUUAGUUUUGCAACUAAUGGAAAGUCAUCUGGAUAGAGGAUAUCACGUAUUUGUUGAUAGACUCUAUAACUCUGUCGCAUUAGCCGAGGAAUUGCAGCGAAGGAAAACAUCGAUAACGGGAACAGUCACGGCAAACCGGAAGGGACUUCCAGCAGAAAUAAAAACAAAACUAAAGAAAAGGGAAAUCAUCUCAAUACGAAAAGGACAAUUACUCGCACUACUAUGGCAAGAUAAGAGGCCGAUUUCAAUACUUUCGACGUAUUGUAAUGGUGACGAGGUCAUAGAGAUACAUAUGUGUUACAGUUGUAUGAAUAUGCAAUGUGACUACUUUGUUUAUUUUGCAAUAUGUUAUCCUUGUGAGUGACAAUAAUUGGCCAUUAUUAAUGUUAUUGGAAUAUAUAGCGAAUGAAGGAUAUAUUUUUAU